CAAAGUAUAAUGGGUUCAUGCUCCAGUCCAGUUGGUGGCGGUAAUGCACAAAUAAUAUUGGAUGCCAACCGCCAUUAAACCCCACAGAAGAAGAUUAUUCGGGGAGCGGCAUAGUUACAUUAUGUAGCAUUAAUUGCUGUCCAGUCGUUCCGUAUCUCUUCUGGAAUGGAUUAUGGGAAGGAGAGGGUUGUGGCGUUGGUGGAUAUGGACUGUUUCUACGUGCAAGUGGAACAGAGGCUGAACCCAGCGCUGAAAAACACACCGUGUGUGGUCGCACAGUACAAGACAUGGAAGGGAGGCGGUAUCAUAGCUGUGAGUUAUGAGGCCAGGGCCCAUGGUGUCACCAGGAACAUGUGGGCAGACGAUGCCAAGAAACUGUGCCCAGAUCUCCAGGUUGCAAGGGUCAGAGAGUCACAUGGGAAGGCAGACCUCACCCAUUACCGGGAGGCGAGUGUACAGGUGUUUGAGGUGAUGUCACGCUUCGCUGUGCUCGAGAGGGCCAGUAUUGACGAGGCCUACAUGGACCUGACUGCUGCGAUACAGCAGAGAUUGAAAAGCAUGACUGACCUGCAGGUAGACCCUCAGCUCCUGAAGACCAGCCACGUCCAGGGCUACCCACUGGCUCCUCUUGACCAGGAAGAAGCAGCACAGGACACCACAACUGAUAAAGAAGAGCGAAGGUCCAGUGGCCUGCAGCAGUGGCUGUCCUCUGUGUCAGGGGGCUCUGGCUGUGCAGAGCUGCAGUUGGCUCUGGGGGCUGUGAUCGUUGAGGAGAUGAGGGCUGCAGUGGAGCAGCACACAGGUUACCGCUGCUCGGCAGGGAUAUCCCACAACAAGGUGCUGGCUAAACUAGCCUGUGGUCUGAACAAACCCAACCGCCAGACACUCCUGCCAUUAGGCUCUGUUCCAGAGCUCUUCAACUCACUUCCCAUUGGCAAAAUCCGAAACCUGGGGGGUAAGCUGGGGGCGUCCAUCACAGAGACCCUGGAGGUAGAGAACAUGGGGGAACUAACCCGCUUCUCUCAGGCCCAGCUGGGACAGCACUUUGGAGACAAGACUGGCCAGUGGCUGUAUGACCUGUGUCGGGGGAUUGACUUUGACGCAGUGAAGCCCAGACAACUCCCUAAAUCCAUCGGCUGCAGCAAGACCUUCCCUGGGAAGACAGCUCUCACUACCAGAGAGCGGGUGCAGCACUGGCUCUAUCAGCUGGCUCUGGAGCUGGAGGAGAGACUGACCAAGGACAGAGAGCUGAAUGGUCGUGUGGCUAAGCAGUUGACUGUGGGUGUAAGGCAGUUGGGUGAUAAAAGGCUCAGCAGUUUCUCUCGGUGCUGCUCGUUGGCACGCUACGACGCCACCAAGAUCUCCUCGGAUAGCUUCGCAAUCCUCAAGAGUCUCAACACAGCAGGGAACCAUCAGGCAGCAUGGACUCCUCCCCUCACCCUGCUCCACAUUUCGGCCAGUAAAUUUAGUGAUUCACCCUCUGCCGGGGCCGGAGGAAUCGCCAGCUUCCUGUCCAGUGAUGUCACUUCCACCCAGGCCUCCACUCAGUCUUGCUCUGGUUCAAAGAAGGACUCCACCCCCAAGAGACCCGGCGCCAUCCAGUCCUUCUUCCAAAGAUCUGCAGAGAAACAGAAUAAGGAGGAAGAGGGAGAGGAAGAAGAUAAUGAUAGGGGCUAUGGAACCUUUGUCCCGCCUUCCUCUUUUCCUGUGUCUUUCUCUGUUUUAGAGGGGAGUGUGUCUGAGAAUGAAACAACAACCUCAACUGUCUCUAGUACGUCUUGUCACUCUUCUUCUGUUGUCAGUUCAUCAGCCAGCCCCCAUACUGGCAUCACUUCCUUCUUUCAGAGGAAGACACUUGGGAGAAACCAGCAGCCCGUAACCGCAGCCUCACACAGCGACAGUCUCGCAACAGGCAGAACAAGAUGUUCCACAGUAGGAUAUGAUACAAUAGGGAGUGUCCAACUUUUAACAGACACAGUUGGGUGUGAAAUAGCAGGAAGUUACACAGCUCCGGAAGCUGAAAUAUGUGACGAGCAGACUGCGAACGUAAAAGGGAAACACACUAAACACACUCAACUCACUAGUUCUAACCAAGCAGAGGACCAAUCUCUGGGGUCUGGGGAGGGAACUUGUACUCUAUCAGAGGAAAAACAGUCUGUGGGGUCAGACUUGCCCUAUGAUCCCCCUUCUGACCCGCCUCAGUGCCUGGCCAGUGUGGCCAAAGAGGACCUGCUGACCUGUGAGUGCUGUGGCCAGGACGUGCUGGCCUGGGAUAUGCCUGAACAUAAUGAUUACCACUUUGCCUUGGACCUACAGAACUCUUUCUCCUCUACAAGCACAACCACCAACACCUCUCUUCAUUCCUCCUCUCUCUCCUCUGUUUCAACUGCCUCCCGCCCCCCUCUCAGGGCAGGCGCCCUUCAGUUGUCCCGGGGGAAGACGCGGGCCAGGGGCCAGUCAACACCUCAGCCUAAACGGCCCCGCUCCCAAGGUGGUAGUACUGGUACGCUGGACUCCUUCUUCAAGAGGAGCUGAGGACAAAGUGGAGGAAAAGAAGAGACGGACCAUGAAAGGAGGUAGAGAAUCCACUGUGCUGGACUGGUUACUUUUGCUGAUGCUAUUUAAACUGACCAACAAUAUUCUAAACUCACUGCCAAAACAAUUUAUGCGAUUGUAUGGUGAGAUGCUGUUUAAUUGUAAUGGCAAUUGUACAGAAUAAAUAUUUUUACCUAUAGAAAAUUAACAUAUUUUAUGAUAGUUCUACAUAUAUUGGUAAAGCCAUACUUUCCUGGAGGUCCUCUUUCAAGGGAUAUGUUGUCUCGAGAAGCUUGUAUAUUUCUGUGAUCAUGUUUCCAUUAAACAUUGAAAAUAG